UCGUCUCGGCCCGUACCGAAUGGUCGUGUCUGGUGUCUGGUGCCUAUCGGCCUACCUAAUAGGUAUGUCUACGUUCCAAGAUAGGGUCAUGGUCUGCGCGGCCCUUCCCAACUGGCCCUCCCCCUCCCCUUCUCCCCCCCCUUGGCUUCGACCAACCUGUCGCUCGCUAUGGAGACCCUCCUAGCUCUCGUCGCCAUCGGCGGCAGCAUCGUCACCGCCCAGAGGGUCGUGCCGGUCGGCUUUAGCCGGCCCUCGCCGAGACUCCCCGCCCUGCACAGACGCGCCGGCACCUACUCGCAAGAGCUGAACAACAACCUGACCAGCGGCGGCUAUUAUGCGCAGGUCGCCGUGGGCACCCCGCCGCAGGCUGUCGACCUCGUCGUCGACACUGGCAGCAGCGACGUCUGGGUACUAGAUCGCCACGCGGACCUCUGCCAGUCCGAAUCGAUGCAGGACUAUUACGGGUACUGCCUGUCGACCUUUGAUCCGUCGGCGAGCUCUACCUUCUCCAUCGUUUCCCGAGACGCCUUUAGCAUCAGCUACGUGGAUGGCUCCGGCGCGGAGGGAGACUAUGUCCGCGACACCCUGAGCAUCGGCGGGAUCGACAUCGAGAAUCUGCAGAUGGGGCUUGCCGAGAACUCCACCAUCAACUCGGGUCUCCUGGGGAUCGGGUUCGCCGCCAACGUCGCCGCGCAGACCCCGUAUCCGAACAUCAUGACGCUGUUCCGCGCCCAGGAUCUGAUCGCCGUCGAAGUGUACAGCUUGUACCUGAACGACCGCUUCGCCGAAACUGGGACCAUCCUGUUCGGCGGGCUCGACACCGAGAAGUACAUCGGGCGGCUCGGGGUCGUUCCGAUCUUGCCAGACCGUACGGGGAACUACUCGUCCUUCGCCGUCGUGCUCGCCUCGCUGUCCAGCACCGCUGCCGACGGCACCGUCACCAACUACGCGCGCGGCGCCAUCCCCGUCAUCCUCGACUCGGGCACGACCCUGACGUACCUCCCGUACAGCGUGGCCGCCCGCGUGUUCCGCGCCUUCGGCGCCGUCGACGACACCUCGGGAACGGGGCUCGUCUACGUCAGCUGCCGCUACCUCGAGGAGGCCGCGGACCUCACGCUCGACUUCCGGUUCGGCGGCGGCGCCGCCGCCGCCGACAACCCCGUCAUCCGCGUGCCCACCGACGAGCUCGUGCUCGACAACGUGCGCGCGUACCAGGCCCUCGGCCUCGUCCUGCCCCCCCUCCCCUUCGCCGACGUCUGCACCUUCGGCCUCCACCCCGACGCCGACUACUACCUGCUCGGCAACACCUUCCUGCGCUCCGCCUACGUCGUCUACGACCUCACCAACCGCGAGGUCGCCCUCGCCCAGGCCAACGUCAACAGCACCCGCUCCAACGUCAUCGAGAUCACCGCCGCCGACGGCAUCCCCGACGUCCCCGGCGUCGCCUCCCAGGUCCCCGCCACCCCGACCCCGUCUGCCGCCCGCCCCGACGGUACCGCCACCGCCACCGCCACCGCCACCGCCGACGGCCCUGGAGGCGAGAAUGCCGGCCUGAGAGCCGUGCCCGCGCCCGAUUGGAAGGCUGUGGUGGCGAUGGCUGCCAUGGUAGGUCUGUGUGCGCUGAUGGGUGUCGAGGUUGUUGUAUUAUGAAUGAAGAACAGCUCAGGCCAGGAGCCUCCCUUGUUCCAUAGGUGUAUUUAAUUUGGGUACAUUAGACUAAUAUACGUGCAAAAGCCUCGCUUCAAAGCAGCAGGCGAAAUUAA